AUGGAGAAAGAUAUUAGUACCCAAUAUAAGUCCCAUGAACUUUUUGAAGCUCCCUCAUAUGUCAGUGUGUUUUGUGGGAAAAAGGAAAAUUUGAGGGGGCACCUUAACAUAGAAGAUGCUGAUUCUGAAAAGAGCAUAAAUGAAGAAAAUGGAGAAGUUUCGGAAGACCAGUCUCAAAAUAAACAUAGUCGUCACAAAAAAAAGAAGCAUAAACACAGAAGCAAGCAUAAGAAACAUAAACAUUCCUCAGAAGAAGACAAGGAUAAAAAACAUAAACAUAAGCAUAAACAUAAGAAACACAAAAGAAAAGAGGUUAUUGAUGUUUCUGACAAAGAGGGUUUGUCUCCAGCAAAAAGAACUAAACUUGAUGAUUUAGCUUUGCUAGAAGAUUUGGAAAAACAGAGAGCCUUGAUUAAAGCUGAACUUGAUAAUGAGUUAAUGGAAGGAAAGGUCCAGUCUGGGAUGGGACUGAUAUUACAAGGUUAUGAGUCUGGCUCUGAAGAAGAAGGAGAGAUUCACGAAAAGGCCAGAAAUGGAAAUAGGUCUAGUACUAGAUCUUCAAAUAUGAAGGGGAAACUUGAACUUGUGGACAAUAAAAAUAGUGCAAGAAAAAGAAGUAAAAGCAGAUCCAAAGAACGGGCUAGGCAUAGAUCUGAUAAAAAAAAAAACAAGGGAGGUGAAGUAGUUAAAGAGAAAAUAACUAGGAGCAAGUCAAAGGAGAGGAAAAAGUCCAAAAGUCCAUCCAAAAGAAGUAAAUCUCAAGAUCAAGCAAGAAAAUCCAAGUCCCCUACCCUUAGAAGGCGAUCUCAAGAGAAAAUUGGGAAGCCUAGAUCUCCUAAUGAUGAUAAGAUUAAAAUAGAAGAUAAAAGUAAGGCAAAAGAUAGGAAAAAGUCCCCAAUUAUAAAUGAAAGUAGAAGUCGGGAUCGAGCCAAAAAAUCCAGAUCCCCGGUUGAUUUAAGAGGUAAAUCUAAAGACAGAAGGUCAAGGUCUAAAGAGAGAAAAUCAAAACGCUCUGAAACAGAUAAAGAGAAGAAGCCAGUGAAGUCUCCCUCUAAAGAUGCUUCUUCUGGGAAAGAAAACAGAUCCCCCACUAGAAGACCUGGUCGCAGUCCUAAAAGACGAAGUUUAUCACCCAAACAGCGAGAUAAAUCAAGAAGAAGUAGAUCUCCAUUUUUAAAUGACAGAAGAUCAAAGCAGAGCAAAUCCCCCUCUCGCACUCUGUCUCCUGGUAGAAGAGGCAAGAGCCGGUCCUUAGAAAGAAAACGAAGAGAACCUGAUAGGAGGAGACUCUCUUCUCCAAGAACACGCCCUCGAGAUGAUAUCCUGAGUAGACGGGAAAGAUCCAAAGAUGUCAGCCCCAUCAGUAGGUGGUCUCCAGCCCGAAGAAGAGCAAGUAGAUCUCCGAUUAGAAGGAGAUCUCGUACCCCUCUCAGACGUAGCAGGUCUCCGAGAAGAAGAAGCAGAUCUCCUCGGAGAAGAGACAGAAGUCGGAGGAGCAGGUCACGUUUAAGGAGGCGGUCUCGAUCUCGCGGUGGCCGGAGACGGAGGAGCAGAAGUAAAGUAAAGGAAGAUAAAUUUAAAGGAAGUCUGUCUGAAGGAAUGAAAAUUGAGCAGGAAUCUUCAUCUGAUGAUAACCUUGAAGACUUUGAUGUAGAGGAAGAAGAUGAAGAAGCUCUAAUAGAACAGAGAAGAAUACAAAGGCAGGCGAUUGUUCAAAAAUAUAAAUACCUUGCCGAAGAUAGCAAUAUGUCUGUGCCAUCUGAACCAAGCAGCCCCCAGAGCAGUACUCGUACACGAUCACCUUCUCCAGAUGAUAUUUUGGAACGGGUAGCUGCUGAUGUUAAAGAGUAUGAACGAGAGAACGUCGACACAUUUGAGGCCAACGUAAAAGCCAAACAUAAUCUCAUGGCAGUUGAACAGAAUAAUGGUUCAUCUCAGAAGAAGCUGUUGGCACCUGAUAUGUUUACAGAAUCUGAUGACAUGUUUGCUGCAUAUUUCGAUAGUGCUCGUCUUCGGGCUGCUGGCAUUGGGAAAGAUUUUAAAGAGAAUCCCAACCUCAGGGACAACUGGACUGAUGCAGAAGGCUACUAUCGUGUGAACAUAGGUGAAGUCCUCGAUAAGCGUUACAAUGUGUAUGGCUAUACAGGUCAAGGUGUAUUCAGUAAUGUUGUACGAGCCAGAGAUAAUGCAAGAGCCAACCAGGAAGUAGCUGUAAAAAUCAUCAGGAACAACGAGCUCAUGCAAAAGACUGGUUUAAAAGAACUUGAGUUUUUGAAAAAACUUAAUGAUGCUGAUCCUGAUGACAAAUUUCACUGUUUGCGACUCUUUCGACAUUUUUAUCACAAACAGCAUCUCUGUCUUGUGUUUGAGCCUCUCAGUAUGAAUUUACGAGAGGUACUAAAAAAAUAUGGUAAGGAUGUUGGUCUUCAUAUUAAAGCUGUGAGAUCCUAUAGUCAGCAGUUGUUCUUGGCAUUGAAACUCCUUAAGAGAUGCAAUAUCCUUCAUGCAGAUAUCAAGCCAGACAAUAUCUUGGUUAAUGAAUCAAAAACUAUUCUAAAACUUUGUGAUUUUGGGUCGGCAUCACAUGUUGCAGAUAACGACAUAACACCUUAUCUUGUCAGUAGAUUUUAUCGCGCUCCUGAGAUCAGUAAGUGUCUUUCCAAGUAUUCUUUGAUCUGGACCAUCAGAUGCACAGUGAAAAUAGUACUUACUUUCUGACUUCUGUUUUCUGACACGCUUCAGAAGUUGCACAAGUUCAUUUAUGAGGAUGGGUAGUUGUGACAGGGGUCUUGAUCGAGCAAGAG